AGUUUGUUUAAGAAAUCCUAUACUGCACACGAUGGCCAAUUCUAUCUGCGAUCCGUUUACAAAUCUGCCAGUCAAAUUCGACAUUGAUCAACUCAUUAAAGAGUUCAAGCCGGAAGUGCAGAAGCAAGACAUUUACGAGGCAAAGGGACCCCGGAACUUUCUUCAUCUCCCGUGCAAAGAUUGGACGAUCUUGCCCAGAUUCGAGUAUCAAUUGGAGCAUUUGAAGACAAGUCUUUCGUGUCGCCUUAGCCAAUACCUGCGCUGUCGGUAUACGAAGUUCCUAGACAACGUUCCACAGAAUUACGUAACCAUUGCCACCUAUGGAUCAAACGUUAACAGAAUGCCCAAGCCCAGAAGGAAGACGUUGAAUGGCCAAUUUUAUGGGGUCGACAAUAAGCUGGCGCCCAUACCCGUCUUGGCAGAUCCACGCCAACAUCAUGCCACAAAAAUCAAGAGAAAGUAGGAAGUCUUAUAGUCAAAUUUGAAUAGUACAGGCAUAGGUACAAGGGAUGGAGACAACAGCUGAAGCUGGGGACCCGAAAAAUCAAUAAUGCAGAAAAAUAUCAAUUGCGGGCGAAAAAUGUUUACAAAAUGCAUUAGUUGCUGUGGCUUUACGAUAAUCUAUGUUUUUUUCGCCUGCCUUUUAAUAGAAAACUGCGUUGCCUUGCAAAGGACGCUGCGCCACUACGAGCUGUUUCACAAGGACGAUGUUUUGCAUAGGGUGGUCAAGAGAGGUAUUAAACAUAGCAAAAAUCCAUUCAACACCAUUAAGGAGGUGGAGUUCACGACACUGGGCAAAAACUUUCGACUGAUUUUACAUCCCCAUCGCGAGGUCCUCCACAGCAAAUUUCGCGCCUAUGCCGUGGAUGCCGAUGGCAACGAGACGGUGGUCCAUAUGGAUCACGACAGCUUUUACACGGGUAGGGUAUUUGGCGAGCUAGAGUCUUCGGUGCGCGCCCACAUCGAGGACGGUACCAUGACCAUGUCCAUCCACUUGCCGGAC